AUGGAAGGAUCCGCUCAGUUCUGUCUCCUGGUUGUGCUGCUGUUUGUGGCGUCCGACUCAGCUGAAGCCCAGAAUACACCGUCGUACUUCAAGCUUGGCGGUACGAUGACUCUGAGGCCUCCGUUCACCGACAAGAUCACCAGCAUCGUUUAUAAGUUCAAAGGUAACAUGGUGGCUGAAUAUGCGGACAACGGGGUUCCUUUGACUUAUUACACCAGCUUUAGAGGACGCACAACCCUGAACAUUGGAACUGGAGAGUUGGUGAUCAAAAACAUGGGUAAAGAUGACAUUGGAGAGUUUGUAGUAGAGAUCAACAACGUCGUCCAGAGACAAAGGUUUGAAUCUGUGGAGAUCAAGGAAGUACCUGAUCCUGUUGUGACUGCAAGACCAUUAUCUUGUUGCUCGUCUUCAUCCAGCUGUGGCCUGUGGUGUUAUGGAGAAAUUAAAGAGUCUGGACCGGUCACUUUCUACUGGAGGAAAGAUGACGGAGAAUGGAAGGAGUCAGAACAAGUCAUGAACAUCACCAACGAUGAGGAAACUAAAAAAGUAAAGACGUUCUCCUGCAGAAUGAAGAACCCAGUCAGUGAGAAAGAGAGUGAAUCUGAACAGAAUCCGUUCUGGAGAGAGGAAGCUGCAGACUCUGGGAAAGAGAGUGAACCUGAACAGAAUCCGUUCUGGAGAGAGGAAGCUGUUCUGGAGAGAGACUCUGGACUCAGGGCUGAACUUAUAGGAGUUGUGGUGAGAUCCUUUGUUGUCCUGUUAGUCUCUGGGCUGCUUGUCUUCCUGCUGUGGAGAAAACGAAAACUUAUCUGUUCCUGUAAAUGUGGAAAAGGAGAUGAUGAAGAAGACGAUGAAGGACUUUAGUCAUGUAUGAGCUCCUUAAACUGGUCCUGAGUAUUUUCUUUCUACCAAUAAUAAUCUAUCAGAUAAAGUUAUUGGUCUGUCAGGUUGGUGGAGGCUGGACUCUGUUCUCUGUUGCUUCUACGAGUUCAUCCUCGUCAUGUAUUCAUUGACCUUCUGCUUUUGACUUUGGCUCCUAAUUAAAUCUCA